AUGUCUACUUCUGGAUCUGACAACGAGGAGGAAGACCCUCAAGAAGCGGCUGAAAGGUUGGAAGAAGCUUACAACAUGCUGGAGCAAUAUGAAAAGCAGUUUAGGCAAAACCUGACCGAGGAACAGCUCGAGAGACUUGAAUAUCUGGAGAGGAAACACCGUGACCACUAUUGGAACACUUCCAGAAAGACCAAGGGACCUCUUCCCAGCGUGGCCGAAUCGUUGGAAUAUCAUGAAUCGGUCCCCAUUCGGAUCAGUUUCAUGAGACCAGCCGAAAUGCGCCUGUUUCCCAUGGAACAUUCGUUGCCAGAAGACAUGGAUCAGUAUUGGGCAAUGAUGGAGAAUACAUACUACGAUGUAUCCACCUAUCCAUAUGCGUGGAUUGAAAUCAUCAUGAAAGAUCCAAAACGGAUGCAGGAGUCUUUGGAUGCAGUACGCAUUCUUCUAUGCUACGCAGAACACCUAGUCACCAAUCCGUGUCACAAGAAUGCCAAGAAAGCUCUCCAUGUGCUUCACAUUACCGGAAAAGCCGUCAAUCAACUUUUGAUCACCAUGAAGGACGAAACGGGUGACGAGCGAUGGAGUCUGUCUUUGCAGGAAUACAAGCAAAAAUUAUACACAUCCCUGGCCUUUGCAUCAUUGGGGCACAAGAAAAACACCAUCCUCUACUUUCAGGUGGCCGUGAACAUGGAACAGGGGCAUCGAAUUUUGGGACAGUUGGAAUGUAAAGACCAGCAUGUAACCUACUUCGACGACGAAACCUUGGAAAUGCUUGGGGGUGAACAGCCCUCGUUGUUGUACAUCCUUUCCUCAACACUCAAAAUUAAAAGACGUCUUCUGGAUGAAAGUCAUCCGUUUGGAGAAGAAUUCUGGUUCAAGCUCAACGAAAAACAAGUUUACAGUUGCCUGGAAUGGUUCAACGUGACGGCACCAUCCAAGACAGAGGAGUAUUGCCAAGUCUGUUGGUCCACAUCGCCUAGCUGCAACUUGAAAAAAUGUUCACAAUGCAAGAAGGUUUCAUACUGUGGCAGGGAGUGUCAAUUCAAUGACUGGAAAGAUCACAAGAAAGCCUGUUGCUCAGUCUGA